UACAGCGGCAGAAGGAAUUGAAGCAGCAAGGGGAAAGGAGACAUCGACUUUCUCGCUCCUUUCACAAACUUCGGCUUCGUUCCUUUAUCCCUCGAUUUUUCAAUAUAGUCUCUCCCAAAACUCUCUUUCCCCCCAUUCGUCUUCGGAACAUUCAAAUCCACGGUCCCAGAUCGAGGUAAAAUUGCAAAUGGCCAAAGUUAGCAAAGUGCGAAAGUCUGAUUCACGCCAAAAAAUGGUGAAUCAUUAUCUAUUGCCAUCUUACCCUAGGAAGGCUGGCAAAGGCACCCAACAGAAAAAAUGUUCAAAAGCUUCAGAGAAGAAAGAUUGGGAAACUGCAAAAUGUUCCGUUUGUCUAGAGUUUCCUCACAAUGCUGUUCUCCUCCUCUGUUCCUCUUACGACAAUGGUUGCCGCCCUUACAUGUGUGCCACUAGCCGGCGCUUUUCCAAUUGCCUUGAGGAAUACAAGAAAGCCUACACUACAGUAACUUCAGUGGACAGUGGUUCGGUAGAUAAUUCAGGUAUUGUUUCAGGUGUGGGAGAGUCCGUUGAAAAGAUGGAAGUACCAGAGCUUCUAUGCCCACUCUGUCGGGGACAAGUGAAGGGGUGGACGGUGGUAGAACCUGUACGGAAAUAUCUCAAUAGGAAAAAAAGAUCCUGCAUGCAAGACAAGUGCUCCUUUGUUGGAACUUACAGAGAGCUCAAAAAACAUGUCAAGGCAAAACACCCAUUGGCACGACCUCGAGAAGUGGACCCUGUACUUGAAGAGAAAUGGAAAAGGCUUGAGAAUGAGAGAGCACGGGAUGAUGUAAUCAGUACAAUCAUGUCAUCAGUGCCGGGGUCUGUGGUGUUGGGGGAUUAUGUGCUCGAGCCUGGAUCUCGUGGUAUCUUCAGAGACGAAUAUGAUUCAGAUGACCCUUUCGAUGAUGGUUUCCUUCACCUAGACUCAUCUGUUAGGUUGCAUAGCAGAUUCAUGGAUUAUGACCUAUUCGAUGACGGAGGUUUUGGGAUGCACCGUGCUUUCCGUGCAGUUUCCCCAGCUGCUAGAUCUAGGCAUUCUCGUCUGUUGGGGUCUCUAAGACGAAGGCGAAUCCCCUGGGCCUGAGGGCGUAACGGAAGCCGAUAACUUUGUGUGUUUAUCUAUACAAUGAAUGGAGAUUUACUUAACCGCACAUGAGAAUAAGUAGAUGUAUUUUCUACCGGGUCACAUGGUGAGAUUUAUUGUAACUUGAUGUGAUGCCGCUGGUAAAUGAACGAACUGUAGGACAGUAGGUCACUGGUGGCUGUAGGUUCUAUAGUAGGUUAUUUGUUAUGGAAUAUCUGGGGGGUUGGGUUCAA